AUGGGCAAGAAAUCUAAGUACGGUAUCAUAUUCGAUGCCGGAUCCUCCGGUACUCGCUUAUACGUCUACAAGUGGAAAGAACACGCGGAAGCUGUCCAGGAUGCCACAAAAGAAGAGCUCCACCGCCUGCCCAAGAUCAAACUGGAAACAAGUGAGAAGAUUCAUCCAGGCGUCUCCUCUUUCGCGGACAAACCCGAGGAUAUCGGACCCGAACAUCUAAAGGCACUUGUCGAGCUCGCAUUAGAUGAAGUUCCUGCUUCCAAGGUCGCCGAAACUCCGAUCUAUCUCAUGGCCACCGCCGGCAUGAGACUGCUACCGGAGAUCAAACAGCAAGAACUGCUACAGAGCAUGUGCAUCUACCUUCGAGACAACACAGACUUCUCCCUACCUGAUUGCAAUACCAAUAUUCAGGUAAUAUCUGGAGAAACCGAGGGCUUAUACGGUUGGCUAGCCACCAAUUACUUGCUUGGCGGCUUUGAUGAACCCCAGAAUCAUCAACAUGGUGAGGGACACCACACGUAUGGAUUCUUAGAUAUGGGCGGAGCCAGCGCGCAGAUUGCAUUUGCACCAAACUCCACCGAAGCGAAAAAGCACUCCAACGAUCUCAAACUUGUUCGCCUACGAACCAUGGAUGGUACUGUGUCAGAACACAAAGUCUUCACAGCGACCUGGCUUGGAUAUGGAGCCAACCAGGCCCGCGAAAGAUACGUCGAUCGGCUUCAGGAAUCGUACGACAAAUCAAGCAAUCUUGAGGUCCCAGAUCCGUGCAUGCCGAAAGGCUUACGAACUACACCUGACGGCGACCCCCUGACUGACAAGCAAGCGAAGAAGGAGCUCACUUUAGUGGGCACAGGUCUCUUUAAAGAGUGUCUCGCCAAUACAGAACCCCUUCUUGGCAAAGAUGCGCCCUGUCUGGACGACCCAUGUCUUCUAAACGGUCAACACGUCCCAUCCAUCGACUUCAGCAUUAAUCACUUCGUCGGUGUUUCUGAAUACUGGCACACUACUCACGGUGUCUUCGGAGGGAAACAUAAGGCCUACGACCUCGCAACUUACCAGCAAAACGUAGUGGAAUUCUGUAGUCGUGAUUGGAUUGAUAUCGCAUCCGAUUUGGAGGCGCGAAAGAAAACUUUGGAAGAGAAGGCAAGGAACGCUCAAGAGGCAUGUUUUAAGGCGUCCUGGCUCAUCAAUGUCUUGUAUGAAGGCAUUGGAAUUCCGCGCCCCGGACUUGAGCACGAGCCGUUGCCCGGCCUCAACGUUUCGGAUGAGGUCAUCGAUGGUGCCAAGCAUCGAGGGUUUUUAGACCCCUUCCGUCCUGUCAACAAGAUUGAUGGGAUUGAGGUCAGCUGGACGCUUGGGAAAAUGAUCCUGUACGCUGCUGGACAAGUUCCGCCUCUGGACGAUACGGAGGACUUACCCGUCGGGUUCGGUAGUAACGUACCAGAAGCCAAGGAUUUUGAACCGGCCGGGUCACAAUACGCCCCCAUUCGAGAGGGCAACGGUCGGCAAAACAACAACGGAGGCCUCAUAGGCAAGGCUACGUCAACAACAGGCUCAACUUUACUUUUAGUGGUUGUCUUGGUGGCUUUUUUCACAUUUCUGUUGCGGAAGAGAGAUCGUCGGUCACGCUGGUGCGGGUGGGUUGGAGCAGUUUUCCGCCGCAACUCCCGACCAGGCAGCCCCCGCAAACCUGCACGUGGAUUGUCAUUCGCGAACAAAAUCUUUGGCAGGGGUCCAGCUCAGUAUGAACGGGUUCUCGAAGAGGGAGACGCGGACCAGUUCGAGCUUGCUGAUGUUGAAUCCGAUGAUUACAGUGCAUCUGACAGCAGCGAGGCAUCUCGUUCUGGCCGCGUGACUGGCCUACCGAGACCGAAGCUCAACCUGGAGCGCUAUGAAGACGGCCAAGGGGCUUUAUCAGUGGAUCGUGGCGGGGUUGCGGUGCGUACAGAGAGUAGAGAAAGAUUGGUUCCCAGUGCGGUCAACGCUGGGCGACGCAGUCGAACGGGCAGCCCUACCAGGUUGAAGAGUCCGCUCACAAACCCUCGGUGA